AGGUUCUCGGCAGCCGAGUUUCGCAGUGUCCCGACCCCGACUAUAGUAGAGAAGUGUUUUGUAGUAGCUUUUGCAUUUUCGAGGUAGUCUAUAGGACUUCAAAAUUGCGGCGCAGAAAGCGCGUGAGGAAGGUAGAGGCAAUUAUAAGCACUAAAGCUCGUAGGUACUUAGUACGCAAGUGAAGUAGCACAGAGAAAAAACACGCAUUUACAACUUAUUUCGAAGCCCUAACAAAUUCAAAUUCGAAGGUUAGAACAGUAAUUAUGUCGCAGCUUUUCUGCCCCAUUAAUGUCGUGGCCUCGUCAAAGAGCGGGGAACGGUUGACAAGGUCGGAGGAAGCAUCAAGGCAAGUGCGUCAAUCUCAAUCACCAUUCGUCCGAAAAACGUCGAGAACGAUGUUGGAUCGUACCUUUCGUGGGCAGGUUUUUGUAACAGUGACAGCGCUCUUCUUUUUCACGACUCACCAUCAACAUGGCAUUUCGGGGGUGAGACUCGUAGCCGCGGUUUCUCGACAAUUGUUAUCCACUGCAAAUGUGUCUGGGUCUGGAAGUUUGCAAGACCUAUAAUGACGCUUGCUUGCUUGAGAGGAGAGAGAAGUCUGUCGUGCGUGAUCUUGUGCUACAGGGUGAUCCUUGAAAGAGCUUACUUUUCUCAUUACCAAAAAACGCAAAAAGAAUUGUACUUCAUUUGUUUGUCGUCGUCGUGCGAAAGGGCACGCUUGACGUAUUUUUUGCCCAGAAACUUGUCAUGCUUGUUGCUCAACGUCAGCCGCGCACGAGCAUUACAAUUUUCCCAAUAACCCUGACACAAUAUUUGCAGUUGAUAUUUGUGUCGCAGUUACGAUUGUCCAACUGCAGAAGCAGACAGCGGGGCCGGCCUGGGGAGUCCCAUCAUGGUGACCAGCACCUAUCCAGGAAACGAAUUGGUCGAUUGCACGACCGGCGAUGAUCCUGGGGCUUUAUCUCCUUGGUGUACCCAGGAAUUGUGCUGCACAGGAGCUGAUCAGAGUGUGUCGACGACCGAUUGCGGGGAUUUCUGCGGCGCGCUGAAGGACUCUAGUGACAAAGUUAUGGGUGUCGCCACUCACAUUUACUACAAUCCGCACCGUUGCACUGCGUUUUCGCUUGCGCAUGGAGAUUGGUGCAGUAUGAAAAAAUGUCAGUGCGAGUGCAACAUCGGGGGGGGGUACCGCCUGGAUCCAGAAAAAGUCGCCUAUACCUCUCUUCGAGACUUGCGCAGCGACUGUAAGCAUACUUGUGCGGAUGAGCCUGCUGGUUUCUGUACUGACAAGAAGUAUCUGCCGAAAGACGGCUUGGCCGCGAUUAGCUGUAAUGGAGCGGCGUGCACGGCUGAUGAGUGUUGCAAACCGACCUGCACAGCUACGGAUACUACAGCCCCCAGUAAAGGAAGCUAUUCAUGUGGAUCUCUUGCUACUCCUAAAGUACUGUCAUCCGACGCGGCGGGGAAUCUCAUCGCCUGCAGGGAAGAGGCUGAUGCUACUGCAUGUCCAGCAGACACUGAUGCGUGCUGCAUGGAACAAACCUGCGCGAAGUAUACUUUUGACGACGCUUCAACGAGCUUUGCUGCUUUCGGAGGUACUUGUGGUAGCAGUGCCAUCGGUGACGCCAGUUUAUUGAGUAAGGCCAGUCCGGAAACGAUCCCCUGCCCCUCUGGUUGCACCGAAGUUGAAUGCUGCGACGGACCGACUGUCUGCCGCGACGUCACAUGCACUACGAAGGACUUUGUUGUUCCGAAUGGAAGGCUGAACAAGCAGUGCGCGGUCAGCAUUCAUGAGGGUACGUUCGUCGAAGAUUGCCAAGGAACCUGCUGCACUUCCACAACGUGCGCAAGCGAAAGCGCAAACGAACAAUUUAGCUGCAAUAACAAAGGACCAGACGGGACUGACCUUAUCCUCCGGGAAGAUGCCGCCAGCAUCGGCUGCGACGAUGGCGUAUUCACUGCAAAUCAGUUUGGGUCUUCUAGGAGCUUGUGAUGCUUGUUCUGGUAGGCUGGAGAAUCUUCACGAGGACGCCUUCAUGGACGGACAAGCAUGAAGAAAACGUACUACUAGGCGUUGGCCAUUCUGCAUGACAAAUACUUAGCGUUUCAGCGUGACAGAAAAGCGCGGUGCUUCGGCAACGUGGAUGGGAUUUUAGUUUUCAAUAUAAGACUCGUGCUAGCUGCCGCGUAUGACAGCCCUUACAUUCUUUCCCCAGACCCUGAAAUAUUUGCAAUCCAUAUCACGGGUGCACACGGGCUUUGUGCUGCCGUGGGGCUUACUGCGGGGCGUGCCCGCACGGCGUCGAGGGGGCGUGCACAAGUGACCUGAUCGGCCUGCCCAACUGCCAGAGUUGUGACAAUGGCUAUCAUAGAGUCGUGACCCCAGGACAUGGAGGCUCAUACAGUUGCCAGCCGAACGUGUGCCUUUGUAGCUACGGCACCCCCGACACCGGCACCGACUGUGUGACUGAUUCGGUUACGAGCUGCAAGCUAGGCAGUUGCUACGACGGUUACAACAUGGUGAUCAAUGCGAACAAUCGGCGCGAAUGCGUUCCGAACGAACUGUGCAAGGACGGUUUUGCGGCGGAGUCCGAAGUAUCAAAUGCAAGAAAUAUGUUGUUCGGGUCUGGAAGUUUGCAGAAAAUGUAUGUCAUUCAUCCUCUGCAAUAGAUGGAUGAGCUGGAAUGCCGCAUGAGAAACUCGCAGCUGUUUACGUACCAAGAAGUGGUCAGCUGUAGCCCUUCGAGAGUUUGCUGCAUCACUUCCAGAGGACCCACACGUAUUUGCAAUUCAUACGAAGUGCAGUGUCCGGCGGGCACGUCAGUCGUGAUGGGCACCGCGGCCACCCUUCUGCGGUGCAGUGCAGCAGCAUGCACCAGUAUGGCAGUGCACAACCCCCCGUCCCCCUCAUUGGCCAUGCAAAAUGCCAAAUCCAGUUGCUACCUUGUGACACUGUUUGCAUGCUGCCAGAUUCUGAAAACCCAAAGAGUACUACACUCGGCGCACCAAGUACGUGUCAUGCACCGCCUCCACGUGUGUUGGUGUGUCUAUUGCUGUUCAUGCAAUACAGAUGAGGGGGAGCUGCAGGGGAAGUGCACUUUGAUAACCUGUGCCGACGAUGCUGCUACCUGCUGCGUCAGCGAUUGGAGUAGUUCGUGCGCCGUAUCCUGAGUGAAGACUACGUCGUCACCCCAAACUUUUCAUGCACGUUUGCAUCUACAGGAUCAGGAACAUCAUCAACAUUUGUGAUGCGCAUUCCCGUGAGACGCGUUUCUAAUCGUGUUUCGGCAUUUGUAUUUUCAAAAAUAGUUUAAAAAAGGCGAAGCAGACGGCGAUGGCUAUGUGAUGCGGCCGUCCACCCUCUCCCUAUCCUUGUGUUGCCGAGGUCCCGAGGACUUGACUUUGUGUUGCAGAGGUUCCACUCUGGAUUUAUGUUGCAGAGGUCCCAAGAACCUGAUAUUGGGCUGGGGACGUUUUUACACAGAAUACGCCGCCGCGGCCGGAAAGGAGGAAAUCACCUGCCCAGCCGUCAACGGCGCGGCGCGCGUCAUCGAUUUUUUCGCUAAGUGCGACG